CAAACAUCUCCUUAGCUAACAUGGGGAUGGAAAUAUUCAUCCCCUUCUAUGUCUUUUGUUCUCGGAAUGGAGUUCCAGAAAUAAUGCAGGAUCCUGGUAAAUGCAUCAAGCGAGACCAAUGGCGCAGGAGUAGAGCGGGAUGGAUUAAGCUUAUAUUGAGCCUCUUUCCGGAUUGGGCUGCCUUCAUAAGGAGCGAGAUCUUCCGUGUAGCUCGAUUCUUCCGUCUUGAAAAUGAAAAACACUGUCGAAAUGUCGAAGUUCUACGUUAAUGAGGUGAGGACCUCCCCAGGUUUAAAAAGAAGCGAAGGGAAUCUUGCGUGCGAAAGGGAACCUAGACGGAAUAUGCAAGCAAGAUGAUGGGAAUCUGUACUUCUUCCAAGGCUGCGCUUGCGGUCGCUCUAAUCGGCUGGACGGGGGUCGCUCAUGCGGUGAACUACCUAGUCUCAUUCGGAGAUUCCUACAGCCAAACCGGCUUCGACGUGACCUCCACUAAGCCCUCCGCCUCCAACCCACUCGGCAACCCCGCGUAUCCAGGUUGGACCGCGUCUGGAGGAGCUAACUGGGUCGGCUAUCUGGCGAAAGAGUACAACGCCAGUCUCCUGUACUCGUAUAACUUCGCAUACGGCGGCGCGACCGUGAAUGCCUCGCUCGUCAAGCCGUACCAGUCGACGGUGAAGAGCUUCAUCGACCAGGUGGGACAGUUUAGCAGUAGCAUUGCGAGCCAUCCGUCGUACGCUCCUUGGACGGCAGAAAACUCGCUCUUCGCGAUCUGGUUGGGUGUGAAUGAUGUCGGGAACUCGUACUAUCAGGAGGAUGUCCAGACGCUGUUGCCAAAGAUCAUGGAUAGUUAUUUCGGACAGGUGCAGAUCCUGUACAAUGCCGGCGCGAGGAAUUUUGCUCUUCUCAACGUGCCUCCGAUCAACAAGUCGCCCAUGAUGCUUAAUCAGCAGAAACAAGCGCAGGACCUCGAAGCCGGCGUCAUCAAGACGUACAACGGCAUGCUCGCGUCGCGACUGAGCAAUUUUACAGCUGCGAAUAAAGGAAUACGAGGCGUGGUCGUGGAUACGCAGGCGCCCUUCAAUGCCGCGCUGAGUAAUCCGACCAAAUAUGGCAGCAAGGACGCGACGUGCUAUAACUCGGAUGGGAAGACGUGUCUAUGGUUUAAUGAUUACCAUCCCGGACUGGCGAUCAAUAGACUGGUCGCGGAGGCGGUGGUGCAGACGUGGAAUGGAACGUUCUUCAAGAUGGCUGCAUAAUUGCAAGAUAUCGAAAAAAGA